UCAUCGUCAUCAUCAAUCACCAUCAUGGCAGAAGAAGAGGAGAUCUCUACGGAGAUGAUACCAGAGCUGUAUAAACCUCCUGCGCUGCUCCCAAUUGCGCAGCUGAGAGACCAGUUGAUGUACGCGAUUGAAACGCAUCCCGUAACCGUCAUCGUCGGAGAAACCGGUAGCGGUAAAACCACCCAAAUUCCUCAGUUUCUUCAUCAAGCUGGCUGGGCGAAUGAUGGCUCACAAAUCGCCGUGACGCAGCCUCGCAGGAUUGCCGCCACGAGCGUUAGCGCACGCGUUGCAGAGGAAAUGGAGUGCAAACUAGGCCAGGAAGUUGGCUAUUCUAUUCGUUUUGAAGAUGUCACCUCGGCGAAGACGAAGAUCAAGUUUCUUACCGAUGGCUUGCUUCUCCGUGAAAUGCUGGUUGAUCCUUUACUUAAACGCUACUCAGUCAUCAUGGUCGAUGAAGCUCAUGAGCGGAGUCUGAGCUCCGAUGUUCUGAUCAGUCUGCUGAAAAAGGUGUUAAGAGCCAGAAAAGAUUUGAGGGUUGUGAUCUCCAGUGCCACAUUGGACGCUGAGAGGUUCUUGUCUUUCUUUUCGCCAGAGGAAGAUGAAAAGAUUCACGGGAUGAGCAAAGAUGAGUAUGGGUGUAUCGUGAGUAUUGAGGGGCGGACACAUCCGGUCGAUAUCUUCUAUCUUGCCGAACCGACAAACAACUACAUCGAACGGACUGUUGACACAAUCAUGGACAUACACACCACUGAAGGUGACGGCGAUAUCUUGGUAUUUCUCACCGGGCGCGAGGAAAUUGAUGACUGUAUCGACAUGCUCGCGGAUCGAAUAGUCGAUCUGAACCCCAACGAGAAAACACUUCAACUACUCCCACUCUAUGCAGGACUUCCAACCGAUCAACAGCUCUACGUCUUUCAAAAAGCGCCAGAAAACACCCGGAAAGUCAUUGUCUCCACCAAUAUCGCCGAAGCCUCCGUAACAAUUGAUGGUAUUAUCUACGUCGUCGACAGCGGCUAUGUCAAACUGCGCGCCUACGACGCUACAGUAGGCAUCGAACGCCUCAACAUAACGCCCAUCUCGCAAGCCUCCGCAACGCAACGCGCAGGAAGAGCCGGUCGCACCAAGCCAGGAAAAUGCUAUCGUCUCUACACCUCUUCAGCCUUUUCCACCCUCCCGCCAGCUACUUUCCCCGAGAUCCAACGUUCAAACCUCGCUCCUGUCCUACUACAACUCAUGAACCUCGGUAUCCAGAAUCUAAUCCGCUUCGACUACCUCUCAAAUCCACCCUCCACGCUCGUCGUGCGCGCUCUCGAUCUCCUCUUCUCUCUUGGAGCCGUAGAUCCCCACGGCCGUCUCACAAAACCGCUCGGCACGCGCAUGGCAGAACUCCCUCUGGACCCUAUGCUCGCUAAAGCAUUACUCAAUGCGCCCACAUUCUCCUGCGUCCCUGAAAUGCUGUCUAUCGCUGCGAUGAUGACAUUGAAUGGUACAGCGUUUAUCUCACAUACGGGUGACGCGUCCGUGGACCGCGCUCGUCGGAAGUUCGCCGUUACAGAAGGUGAUCAUCUUACCCUUUUCAAUGUCUUCACUGCUUUCGUCACGACAGGGAAGAAAGACCAGAAGUGGUGUCGGGAUAACUGUCUGAACUACAAGAAUAUGCUCAAAGCUGUCAGUGUGAGGAAACAGCUUGCAAAUUAUCUAGAGCGGAUGGGGAUUCAGGAAGAUAGUGCGCUGCGGGCGGCGGAUGUGAAGCGUGCGGGGGGUAUGGAUGUUGCCGAGCGUGUGAGGAGAUGCCUGACAACGGGAUUCUUCGCACACGCCGCGCGCAUGAAGAGCGAUGGAUCGUUCACUCCUAUCGGCGGAGGUGAAACUACUUUAUGGCCACACCCGUCUUCCCUCUUCUUUCAUCGCAAAGCCAAUUACGUCAUCUACACAGAAAUUCUCGAGACGAAGGGUAAGACGUAUAUCCGCGAUUUGACGAGUGUGGAUAUGGACUGGCUGGUCGAGUAUGCCCCUGAAUUCUAUAAGGUGAAGCAACCGAAGCGGUGA